AUGUCUCACUUUUAUGCAGCUUGCGGCAUGAAAACAUUACACAAAAUAAAAAAAAUUAGCGUAGUGAAGCUAACAGCACUCUGCGAUAAACAAAAACUUAUUCAUGUUGGAUGCCUUAAUGUACCAUUACUAUGGACCGAAGAGAAAAAGCAGAUGCUGUGGCCAAUUUACCGUCAAGAAUUGGGCAUUAACAAGUGCAAUUUAUACUUUGGUGAGUUGAAUGCCAUGUUGAUGCUCUGA